UUUGAGUAAUGAAUGUUCCACCGGGGUCUGCAUUAUUUCUGUUACUUUCGGUAUUUUUAUUUAAAGUACUUGCAGCACCUGUGGUUAAAAUAUCUCAAGGGUUUCUUAAAGGAACCAUACUUCAAUCAAGAAAGGGAAGAAAUGUUUCGGCUUUUAUUGGAAUCCCUUAUGGUCAACCUCCAUCUGGAAAAUUAAGAUUUAGAAGUCCUUUACCAGCAAAAUCGUGGAAUGGAAUACGAUUUGCUAAUAAAGAGGCAAAUGUAUGUUCUCAAAAUUAUUAUGGAACAUAUAUUGGCGCCGAAGAUUGCUUAUACUUAAAUGUCUUUACACCUAUUUUGGAAUUCGGCUAUCCAAAGGACAAUGGCACUUUAAAAAAUAAUUUAUUGCCAGUAAUGGUGUAUGUGCAUGGAGGCGGAUUUUCGCAAGAAAGUAGCAAUUUAACAGCCUAUUCUCCUAAAUAUUUAAUAGAUAGAGAUAUCAUUUUUGUUUCAAUGAACUACCGAUUGGGAGUGCUGGGAUUUUUAUCUAGUGGUGAUACAGUUGCCCCAGGAAAUUUUGGAUUGAAGGAUCAAAAACUGGCACUUGAAUGGGUAAAAAAAAAUAUUCGAGCCUUCGGUGGAGACUCCAAUCGAGUUACAGUUUUUGGAAAUUCUGCUGGUGCUGCUUGUGUUAAUCUUCUCGCACUUUCAGAUGCAACCGAUGGCCUCUUCCAGCAAUACAUUAUUCAAAGUGGCAGUAUGAUGAGCAAUUGGGGAUUUCGAGAAAACACUCAAUUUAAACCUUUCAUCACUGAUAUUGCCAAAAAAGUUGGUUGUCCAAGAAUUAAUUCCAAAAUUCUAAUAAAGUGCUUAAAAAGCAAAAAUGUUCGAAAAAUAAUGGACGCAGUACUAGAUACAACCGAGGAAUAUUCGGAAAUGCCAUGGUUACCUACAAAUGAAAUGGAAUCAAAUGAUGCAAUUUUAACUGAUAGUCCUUUGAACUUACUGGCUAAAAACAAAAUGAAGGAUCUUCCUUUUUUGACUGGCAAUACUAUCGACGAAGGAUUGAUUUUUACGUUUGAAUAUUAUGGCAAUUUUCCAAGCACUCCAAUGGUAGAAUAUUUGGAAGAAUACAUAAAUUUUACAUCCAAUUUUUAUAUGAAGCCAGAUUUGACGAAGUACAGAAACUUAGUUCAGAAUUUUUAUUUUACUAGACCUAUUACUUCUAUGAAUGAAAAUGAGCUUCUGAAAAAUUUCACGAAAUUUGGAGGUGACACUACAUUUCUGUAUCCUCAAAUGAUCUUACUCGAUAAAAUGGUAAAAACAGUGAAAAGUCCGAUUUAUUUUUACUCAUUUGGCUAUCGUGGAAACACAACUCUGAUGACGAUGGAUUUCAACGUAACUGAAAAUAUUGGUGUUGGUCAUGCGGAAGAACUUUUGUACCUUUUUCCUAAAGGCUUUGAGGGAACUUUCCCUAAGCAAGAUGAGAGUAUCGUCAACUUAAUGGUAGAUUUGUGGACAUCAUUUGCGAUUAAUGGCAAACCAACAUCUGAUGAGAUGGAUGAUCCUAAUCUUUGGAUUCCUUAUAAUAAAAACGGUCAUUUUCUACAGAUUGGUAAUAUUAAAAACAAUACUGAUGGAUCUGUGACUCUUGAUCGAGACUACUUGUCGGAUCGUAUGAACUUCUGGAGAGAAAAUUUUCCAAUGCCAUAA